UCAGUUACUGUGUGCAGCAAAAUGGCAGCAGCUAGUAUCUCAGUGGAGCAGGACCAGUUCAGCUGUUCAAUCUGUCUGGAUCUACUGAAGGAUCCGGUGGCUAUUCCCUGCGGACACAGUUACUGUAUGGACUGUAUUAAGGGCUACUGGGAUCAGGAUGAUCAUACUGUUGUCUGCACCUGUCCCCAGUGCAGAGAGACCUUCACCCCAAGGCCUGUCUUAAGAAGAAACACCAUGCUGGCUGAAGUGGUGGAGAAGCUGAAGAAGACAGGACUCCAAGCUGCUCCUCCUGCUCACUGUUACGCUGGACCUGGAGACGUGGCGUGUGAUGUCUGCACUGGGAGAAAGCUCAAAGCAGUGAAAUCCUGUCUGAUGUGCCUGGUGUCUUACUGUGAAUCUCACCUCCAGCCGCAUUGUGAAUUGCCUGCAUUUAAAAAGCACAAAUUGGUAAAAACCACAAGAAAACUAGAGGAGACGCUUUGCUUUAACCACGACAAACUGCUGGAGGUUUACUGUCGCACUGAUCAGCAGUGUAUCUGUUAUCUGUGUACGAUGGAUGAACACAGAGGCCAUGAUACAGUCUCAGCUGCAGCAGAAAGGACUGAGAAACAGAAGCAGCUGGGGGAGACACAGAGGAAAUUCCAGCAGAGAAUCCAGGAGAGAGAGAAGGAGCUGCAGGAUCUGAGACAGGCUGUGGAGUCGCUCACGUGCUCUGCACAGGCAGCAGUGGAGGACAGUGAGAGGAUCUUUACUGAGCUGAUCCGCUCCAUUGAGAGAAGGUGCUCUGAGAUGACACAGCUGAUCAGAGAUCAGGAGAAGGCUACAGUAAGUCAGGCUGAAGGAGUCAUGGAGCGACUGGAGCAGGAGAUUGCUGAGCUGAGGAGGAGAGAUGCUGAGCUGGAGCAGCUUUCACACACAGAGGAUCACAUCCAUUUCCUCCAGAGCUGUCAGUCUCUCUCUUCCUCUCCUGAAUGUGGAGACUUACCCAGCAUCACUGUCGAUCCACACGUCUCUUUUGGGUUUGUGACGAAAUCUGUCUCUGAACUGAAAGAGCGACUGGAGGAUAUCUGCAAGGAGGAAUUGGUCCAUAAAUCUCUAUUAGACAUGUCCAAAAAAAUAAAUUCUCCCUCUUCUCUUCAUUUCCUUCCCUCCCUCUCUCCCUCUAAAGUGAAAGAUGUGAAUCUUCUAAGUAAAGAGCCCAGAAGCAGAGCAGAGUUCUUGCAGUAUUCCUGCCAGCUCACACUGGACCCAAACACAGCAAAUACAUCCCUCCGUCUGUCCGAGGGGAACAGAGCAGUGACAUGGGGGACUGUGGAACAGCCAUAUCCUGGUCAUCCAGAGAGAUUUGCCUGCAUUCCUGAAGUGCUGUGCAGAGAGGGUCUGUCUGGACGCUGCUACUGGGAGGCUGAGUGGAGUGGGGAUUGGGUUUAUGUAGCAGUCUCAUAUAAAGAGAUCAGCAGGAAAGGAAGGAGUGAUGACUGCUGCUUUGGAUGCAAUGAAAAGUCCUGGAUGUUACGCUGCUCUGUUUCAGAGUGCUCUUUCUGGCACAAUAAUAAGAAAACUGUAAUCCCUGCUCCUACCUCCUCCAGAAUAGGAGUGUACCUGGAUCACAGGGCAGGAACUCUGUCCUUCUACAGCGUCUCUGACACAAUGACCCUCCUCCACAGAGUCCAGACCACAUUCACUCAGCCCCUCUAUCCUGGGUUUAUGGGCUGGAUUCAAUCUACUGUAAAACUGUGUCCUUUGGAGUGA